UCCCUCUCAUAGACUCAUACUCCACUUUCUCUCUCCUCUGAGACUCGAGAUUUUCUUUCUUUCUUUUUCUUCUUCUUCUUCGCUUUCGAAUAAAAACCCUAUUCUAGGGACUGCGCGCGGCGGUGACCGUUUUUUUCUUUCACAUCUUUCUCUUUCUAAAGAACUUGAAGCAGAGCGUUAAUGGCAACAACGGCGGCGGGAGCGACAGGAUCUUAUGAAGGAGGAGCUGGAGGGAAGUUUCAAAAGAGGCCGUUAAGAAAUAGAACCACUAAACCCUAUGAAAGACCGAUUACAGCAAUUAGGAACCCUAUUGAAGCAGGAAAUAGGAAUGGUUGGAUUUCCAGAAUUGUUGAUCCAGCUUAUGGAUUAAUAACUAGAAGUGCCCAAAAUUUUUUUAAAUCUCUCUUUACGAAGAGUCUCACUGCUCCACCACCGCCGGUCACAGAGACAAAUCAUGGACAGAGGGUUCAAUUUCGAGAAGCUGGUCCAUCUGUUCGAUCCCCAGAAUCACGUGAACAUGCCACUGGGAAUGAAGGUGAUUGCUUGAAAAAUAGUCUCGGGGACAGUAAAAUAGAUGAUCUGGAGAAACUGUUGAAGGAAAAAACCUUUACGAAAGACGAAAUUGACCGCUUGACUGAGGUGAUACAUUCAAGAAUUGGUGAAACUGCAGGAAACGGAAAGGAAGCUUCUGGGCUAAGUACUUCACAGAAGGCAACGACUCAAGAAAGACAACAACUCCUACAUAUGGCGGUUCAAGAAAAUGGAAUGGUCAGCCAGAACUUACACGGAGGCGUUUCAGCUUCUACUUUCAGAUCAAGUGAAAUGGAACAGGAUGUUGCAUCGCCCACUGAGCUUGCGAAAGCUUAUAUGGGCAAUCGAUCUUCCAAAGUUUCUCCUUCAACAUUAGGUUUGCGUAGUCAAUCACUCAGGGAAGACGUGUCACUGUUAACGAACGCACCAUUUACACCAAAGUCACACAGUAUGUCCCUUGUUCCAAGAUCUGCUGUCCGCUUUCCUACUGUCUCUGAGAAUGGGUUUAUGACGCCAAGACCUCGCGGCAGAUCCACGAUAUAUAAUAUGUCUCGUACCCCGUACUCCCGAGUUCACAACAGCGGUGUCCUGAAGAUUGAUGCACAGGUGAUGACCCCAUCCACAUCAUCUCAGCGGCCUUGGGAAAAUAGCACAUUUUCUGGUGGUAAACAGCCUUCUAAAAGGAGAAUCUCGGUUCUAGAUAGUGAUAUAGGCUCUGUGGGUCCUAUACGUAGGAUUCGUCAGAAAACCAACAUGUUAAUGUCACCAUCAAAAGCUAUGGUCACACCUGGGAGUUCUUCCUCUAACCCGUUAUCUGCUGAUGGUUCUUAUGCUGCUCAAGCCUCUACUUCUCCGGCACAGAAUAUGGACGAAUCCAAGCAAAAUAACACCUCACAUUUGAGGCCUUCAGAAAAUGGAUAUAACAGCAUGCCUGCUACAAGUUUAUCUUCAGUUCCUUCUCAGUCAACUCAGAUGGCCCAGAAAAUAUUGCAGCAGCUUGAUAAGUUAGUCCCUUCUCCUAAAGAAAAAUCAUCUGAGCUCAGGCUAGCCUCCGCCAGGGGCAAGUCACCUGCUAAGUUAACACUUGGUAUGUUACAAGGGCAGGCUCUUAGAAGUGUCGAAGAUGUAGAUUCAUCAAGGUUUUUGGUUAGUGCACAAAGCUCGGGUGCUCUGGAUGGGGCAGGUGGUAACUCUGCUUCAGGUGCCGAGGCAUCAACUUCUCCAAAGCAAGGCAAGGUUAAGGACAAUGGCCCUGCGGGAGUUUUUACAUUUAGAGAUGAAAAGGCUCCUAAAGCGAACGGUGUAGAAACUAAAUCUUCUGCUGAAGAUAUUGUCCCUAGUGGCAAGGCCUCAGAGAUGCCUCCCCAAAAACGUGCCUUCCAUAUGAGUGCUCAUGAGGACUAUCUGGAUAUGGACGAUGAUUCUUACAGUGACAGGGUUAAUUUAACCCCAGCGGUAGCUGAGACUGACAAACUCAGUACAUCUAUGGUGCAGAGCCCAUCCAAUGCUGCUGAAACAGUGUCUGUAGCGAAGCCUAUUACUUCAUUUUCUGAAGCGCUCACUGUAAAUGCAAUUUCCUCCGGGGCUGAUUUUGGAGCUUCUGAUGGGGCCGUUAUAGUUUCGAAAAAGGAUUCAUCGUCUGCUCUUCCUGUCACACCUUCACCCAGUGCAGCAGUGGUAGAAAGCGCGCCUGCUUCUCAGCUCGUUUCACCAGUUGAAAACUCAGAACCGAAAGGACAAACUGCAUUCGCAUUCAACUUUGCCACCAAAGCUUAUAACCAGGGUUCACUAGUUGAAUCUACAGGCGUUGUAUUUGGUGCUCCAUCUAUCAAAAAGAUAGAGGCAAUAAGCAGUACUGCCGCUGGAGCUGUUAGUGUGACAGAGCAUGUGCCUAAAGAUGCGGAGUUGGGUAAAAGUAACGGAAGUACUCGUAAGGCUGACGAGUCAUCCAAGCAGUCAGAAAAUGUCAUUUCCUCUCCUGUACCAUCAUCAACUCCCCUAUUCUCAUUUGGAGCGCCUACUAAUUCAAGCUCAAACUUGUCAUCUGCUUCGACUACUUCUUUGUUCUGCCCCCCUACUACUGUAGCUCCAAAUGCUUCCAAAGGUUUAGAUACAAGUAUAGAUACCACUGGCACAACCACCGUUGUUGCUGCCAAUGGCAUCACCAACCCAUCCAACGCUGCUAGUACUAACAGCAGUAUAUCUACCUUACCAGCAACCCCUGCAGCACCGUUCCAGUUCGGUUUAAGCUCUACCCCAGCAGUUGUUCCAUCUAGCUCCAGUACACUGCCAUUGCCAUCAUCUGGCUCAGAGGACAAGCAUUUAGAGGGUAUAACAAAGCAGCCACCACCUUCUGGUAGUCUAACCUCUACCGGGGACGCACCAUCUAUUACAACAAGUACUGGAAAUGGCAUUUUUAGUUUCAAUGCUUCUAAUGCAGUGAAUCCCUUCGCCAAUAACAAACCUCAGACUCAUCCUUUUGUUUCUGCAACUGGGUCAAAGGCAGCCACUGCUGAAUCUGGAAGUGGAACUGCACCAUCUACUAAUAGCACACCCAGUCCUUUUGGGUCUUCUGCUCCCUCUCCAACCUUCGGUUUUACCGGCGCAUCGACAGUGAGCUCUGUUAGUCCUCUAUUUGGUAAUUCAUCCCCCGCUGUUAAUCCAUUUGGUUCAAGUACUGGGUUUGGUCAAAGUUCUUCAACGUCCUUCUCUAUGACUGCUGGUUCUUUCAGUUCUGGGACUGCUGCAAAUAGUUCAUUCAGUCCGAGUUUUCAGUCUACUCCAUCUACUGUCUUCGGUGGAUUUGCCACUGGAACCUCAACUGUAGGGUUUGCAUUUGGGGCUUCAAAAUCCGAUGCUGGUUCGACACCUUCUACGUCAACAGGGUUCUCAUUUGGAUCAUUACCAGCUCCUGUUAGCAGCUCUGCACCAUUACCAGGGUCGUCACCGUUCUCAUUCACCUCUGCGGCUUCUGGCACAGCCGCUUUGAACUCUCUCUCCCCGAAUGUAUCUAGUUUUGGCACAAGCCCUGUUAUCUUUGGUACAUCCCCAAAUAACGAUCAGAUGAAUAUGGAGGAUAGCAUGGCCGAGGAUGUUUUACAAGCAUCAGCUCCUGUGGUCCCUGCAUUUGGUCAGCCAACAAGUUCAACCUCACCAUUCCUGUUUAAUUCUCUGCCUCCAUCAGGGGGGUCUCCGUUCACGUUUGGUGGCCAACAAAAUCCCGUCACUCCACAAAUGGCAAAUCCAUUCCAAGCACCGCCUGGUGAAUUUGGGCUUGGAGGUGCAGGAAGCUUCUCACUUGGUAGCGCAGGGGGUGGUGAUAAAUCUGGUCGCAAAAUAAUUAAAGUUAGGCGAGAUAAGUUGCGGAAACGGUAGGGCUCUCACAUGAUUCUCUUGUACCAAAUCUUGUGAUCAUGAAUAUUGGUUGUAAGCGAUGGGCCAAUUUAUGUUAAUAUGAGAGAAAGAUGUCUGCAAUUGAAAUGUGCGGCCGUGUCCGUUAUGUUCUGCUUGCCUUGACGUGUUCCAGUUUUGGUUAGUGUUCUGCAGAACAUUCUAUGUUCUUGUAGGGUCUCUCUGUAUGUUUGGUCAGGUUGUCGUUCAUGUUUUAAUGUACUUUUAGUUUCUUAUGUAACAUAGUACGAAAUUGGCUUAUGUAAUUUUCAGCAGUUAAAAACAAGGUACUCUAUAUCAGUGAGUCCUGAGCAUUUGUUUUCUUGUAUGUAAACGCUGAAUUCUUGCACUGUGGUGGUCAUAAGAUGAGGAAAUCUAAGCUGUUUUCUUGUAUA